AUGACCACACGAGCUCCAGUCGACGCAAAAGCAGCCGUCCUCGUUCAUUCGGCGCCAAUAGCUCCAGAUGCAGUCUCUGUCACCGGCCCAGAUCUCUCAAAGGUCGCGGAUGUAAAGUCGUUGCUUGCCGCAUACCAGCGCAUCGGAUUCCAGGCGACGUCGCUAUCCAACGCCGUCGAUAUCGUCCAAAACAUGCGAAGAUGGCGACUCUCCGACGAGCCACUCCCAGAUGAACCCCUUGAAGAAAUUGACCAUGCGGCUAGAGCUGCCACAAAAUGCACCAUAUUUCUUGGUUUCACGUCCAAUCUCAUGUCAUCUGGUCUACGCGAAAUCAUCCGCUUUCUCGUGCAGCACAAACACAUUUCGGCCAUUGUGACCACCGCCGGAGGGAUCGAAGAGGACUUUAUCAAGUGUCUCGGAAAGACAUACAUAGCAGACUUUUCUCUAGAUGGCGCAGAUCUCCGCAAAAAGGGCCUCAAUCGCAUCGGUAAUCUGGUCGUACCCAACGACAACUAUUGCAAGUUUGAGGACUGGGUCAUUCCCAUCCUCGACAAAAUGCUCGAGGAGCAGAAAGCAUCGGGAGAGGUGUGGACCCCCAGCAAGGUCAUUCACCGACUCGGCAAAGAGAUCAAUCACGAGGAGUCGAACGAUAUCCCAGUCUUUUGUCCAGCAUUGACAGACGGUUCUCUCGGGGACAUGAUCUACUUCCAUUCGUACAAGUCUCCGGGUCUCAUCAUCGACAUUGUACAAGACAUUCGAAGACUGAAUGACCUCUCACUCAAAGCGAAAAAGGCCGGCAUGAUCAUCCUGGGCGGCGGCGUCUGCAAGCACCAGAUUGCCAAUGCAAUGUUAUUUAGGAAUGGAGCAGACUAUGCAGUCUACAUCAACACCGGACAAGAAUUUGACGGAUCAGAUUCAGGAGCACGACCGGACGAGGCUGUAUCAUGGGGCAAAAUCAAAGCAGGCUCACAGACAGUAAAGGUGUAUGCGGAUGCUACUCUGGUCUUUCCUUUACUCGUAGCAGCGACGUUUGCUCAGGAAAUUGAGUAG